AUGAAUAAUAGAAAAUUAAUAACUAAAAUAAUUUUGUAUAGUUACAUUUAUGAUAAUAAAAAUUGUACAGAUAUAAAUUUUAUAAAAAAUUUAAUGUUAUUUUAUAAAACCGUUUCUAGACAAAGUCCUGAGAUAAUAUUAAAUAAGAAAAAUGAAAUUGUAGGUUUUAAAAGCACUCUUUUAAACAAAAAUUUAGAUUUGUUUUUAUAUAAGUUAAUAAAUUUUACAAUACCUAAAAUAAAAAAAGAUUUAAUUUUUGAUAGUAAAAAUUUUAUAUUCGAUAAUAAUUAUAAUGCUUACUUAUUAUUGCAUAAUAAAAAAUAUUUUUUUGAAUAUAGAACAAUUGCUUCUCUUGAUUUUAAUUGUACAUUUAAUAUACAGUUAAUAUUUAAUAAGUAUGCUGAUAAUCUAGAAAAGUUAAACUAUAUAAAAAAUAUUUUAAACAUAAAAUUUAAUAAAAAAUAA